UUACAUGCCCUUCGACAUCGCGCGCGCUGACGUCAUGCGAGCACGCGCGUAAACAAACAAGAUGGCGGCGCCGGUUGUCCCGGGGUUUACAGGCGAACCGGAGGCACUUCCGGGGAUAAAACCGAUCUAUGGACAACACUACUAAUACGAGGACUGUCCCGAGAAAUCCGGGACGUCGGACCAGCUUUAUUUAAAGGCAAAAACACAGGCUACGAGUUAACAUGGCUCUGAGACCUUACUUUGCGAAGAUGAAAUUUGCACAUGUUUGGCUCAAAGUGCUUUUGAUGUUUCUGUUUUUAAAGAAACAUCAAGGCACGAGGUUAGGGAAUUCAUCGUACGAGACAGAGUCAUGUAAAAGUUGCUCCCACCUCACUCUUAAAGUCGAGUUCUCAUCCACAGUAGUUGAACAUGAAUACAUAGUGGCUUUCACUGGUUACUAUACUGCCAAGGCUCGGAACAAGUUUAUUUCUACUGCACUGAAGAGCAGAGGUAUUGAUGACUGGAAGAUUGUACCCAGGAAUAAUCCAGCCAGUGAUUACCCUAGUGAUUUUGAAUUGAUUGAAAUCAAGACAAGCCAGAGGGACACUGUACUGACUCUGGAGGAUCAUCCUAACAUCAAACGCGUCACUCCCCAGCGUCGUGUUUUUCGUUCCCUCAAAUUUGUAGACAGUGAAAUGCCUGCCCCUUGCAAUGAGACUAAGUGGAGCCAGAAAUGGCAGUCCUCUCGGCCACUUCGGAGAACUAGCCUUUCCCUCAGCUCUGGAUUUUGGCAUGCAACUGGGAGACAUUCUAGCCGGCGUCUCUUAAAAGCAAUUCCUCGACAGGUUGCUCAGACUUUGCAAGCAGAUGUGCUGUGGCAGCUUGGAUACACUGGCAGUAAUGUUAAAGUUGCAGUUUUUGAUACUGGACUAAGUGAAAAACAUCCACACUUCAAAAAUGUCAAGGAAAGAACCAACUGGACCAAUGAAAAGACUUUGGAUGAUGGAUUGGGACACGGAACUUUUGUGGCAGGUGUCAUUGCCAGCAUGAGAGAAUGCCAGGGAUUUGCUCCUGAUUCUGAGCUUCACAUAUACAGAGUCUUUACCAAUAACCAGGUCUCAUACACAUCAUGGUUUUUAGAUGCUUUUAAUUAUGCCAUUUUAAAGAAAAUUGAUGUUUUGAACCUGAGCAUUGGGGGACCAGAUUUCAUGGACCACCCCUUUGUUGACAAGGUCUGGGAGCUCACUGCAAACAAUGUUAUAAUGGUGUCUGCCAUAGGGAAUGAUGGACCACUUUAUGGAACACUGAACAAUCCAGCUGACCAAAUGGAUGUCAUUGGAGUUGGUGGCAUUGAUUUUGAAGACAACAUAGCUCGAUUCUCAUCACGAGGAAUGACCACAUGGGAGCUGCCUGGAGGAUAUGGAAGAAUGAAGCCUGACAUUGUUACUUAUGGCUCUGGGGUUCGUGGGUCUGGCUUGAAAGGAGGCUGCCGAUCACUCUCAGGAACAAGUGUUGCAUCUCCAGUUGUUGCUGGAGCUGUUACUUUGCUUGUUAGCACUGUUCAAAAGAGGGAGUUGGUGAAUCCAGCUAGUAUGAAGCAAGCCCUUAUUGCCUCGGCACGCAGACUUCCAGGUGUCAAUAUGUUUGAGCAAGGCCACGGCAAGUUGGAUCUUUUGCGGGCUUACCAAAUCCUGAACAGCUACAAACCCCAAGCCAGCCUAAGUCCAAGCUAUGUUGAUCUGACGGAAUGCCCUUACAUGUGGCCCUACUGCUCCCAGCCUAUAUACUAUGGAGGAAUGCCAACCAUUGUAAAUGUCACCAUUCUAAACGGCAUGGGAGUCACUGGAAGAAUUGUGGACAAGCCUGACUGGCAGCCAUAUUUACCACACAACGGGGACAAUAUAGAGGUGGCUUUUUCCUACUCGCCAGUGCUUUGGCCUUGGUCUGGUUAUCUCGCUAUUUCCAUUUCUGUGGCAAAGAAAGCAGCUUCUUGGGAAGGAAUUGCUCAGGGUCACAUUAUGGUCACAAUUGCUUCACCAGAGGAAAAUGAGGCAAAAAAUGGGGCAGAACAGUUCUCCAUAGUGAAGCUACCAAUUAAAGUAAAGAUCAUUCCCACUCCUCCUCGCAGUAAGAGAGUUCUGUGGGACCAGUAUCAUAAUCUGCGGUACCCACCUGGAUAUUUCCCUCGUGACAACCUAAGAAUGAAGAAUGAUCCUUUAGACUGGAAUGGGGACCACGUGCAUACCAACUUCAGAGACAUGUACCAGCACCUAAGGAGUAUGGGCUAUUUUGUAGAGGUUCUUGGUGCACCAUUCACAUGUUUUGAUGCCAGUCAGUAUGGAACACUGCUGUUGGUCGAUAGUGAGGAAGAGUUUUUCCCAGAGGAGAUCUCCAAACUACGCAGGGACGUGGCCAAUGGACUCUCAUUGGUUGUGUUCAGUGACUGGUACAACACAUCUGUAAUGAGGAAAGUCAAAUUCUAUGAUGAAAAUACCAGGCAGUGGUGGAUGCCUGAUACUGGAGGUGCUAAUAUACCAGCACUGAAUGAUCUACUUUCUGUCUGGAGUAUGUCUUUUAGUGAUGGCAUAUAUGAAGGAGACUUUAUAAUGGCUAAUCAUGACAUGUAUUAUGCAUCUGGCUGUAGUAUUGCAAAGUUUCCAGAGGAGGGAGCUGUUAUCUCACACACACUUAAGGACCAAGGACAAGAAGUACUAAAACAAGAAACCUCCUUGGUUCAGAAUGUUCCAGUACUUGGGAUGUAUCAAACCCCAUCUGAAGGAGGGGGUAGAAUUGUUCUUUAUGGGGACUCUAACUGCUUAGAUGACAGUCAUCGUCAAAAAGACUGCUUCUGGUUGAUGGAUGCUGUUCUUCAGUACACAUCUUAUGGCGUGAUGCCACCAAGCCUCAGUCAUUCAGAAAACCGCCAGAAACCUCCUUCAGGAGAAGGAAUUACUCCCCCAGAGCGAAUGGAAGGAAACCAUUUGCAUCGCUAUUCGAAAGUGCUGGAAACACACCUGGGUGACCCUAAGCCACGGCCUCUUCCAAACUGUCCUCAUCUCUCCUGGGCUAAACCUGUGCCCUUAAAUGAAACAGCUCCCAGUAACCUGUGGAAGCAUCAGAAGCUGCUAUCUAUUGACCUUGAUGCAUUGGCUCUGCCUAGUUUCCGCCAGAAUCGCCCACAAGUGAGGCCACUUUCUCCAGGAGAGAGUAGUGCUUGGGACAUUCCUGGAGGUAUUAUGCCCGGACGUUAUAACCAAGAUGUGGGCCAGACCAUUCCAGUUUUUGCAUUUCUCGGGGCCAUGGUGGUCCUUGCAUUUUUUGUGGUGCAAAUAAACAAGGCCAAGAGCAAGCCAAAGAGACGGAAACCACGAGUAAAGAGACCUCAACUGAUUCAACAGUUACACCAACCAAAGGCUCCAUCAGUUUGAGCUAAACCAUAGUCCACUGCUUCUGGCAACGAGAGGUAUAUGGAAUGGCUAUAAUGCUUCCUGGACAAUGACCUCUGUUUAAUGAGCUCUGACUCUUGGCUUCAAAUGAACAAAUCUGAUCUAAUACUGACCAAACUGCGACCUAGUGGAAUUGUCUUCAUUUUUAUAUUUAUUAUGAAAGGAAAUACUCAUAUGGGCUCAGUUCUACCAAAAAAAGUGACAUUGGGGUGGAAUGCAAUAUUGUUAGAAGACCUGUGCAUGGCUCAAACUAAAUCAUGGGAUCUCCUGGUGGGUGUUGAGCCCAGUCCUUGACUUUUAUUUUUAUAAAUAUCUCUGGCAGUUUUGUAAUUCUUUGUCAUCAUUUCACCGUUGUUGGUGGAAUCAAUUUUCAAUAAAUAUGCAUCAUAUAAUGAAGCAAAAUGUGCAAAAUCUAGUGCUCUGACACAAUAUGUUAUUCCUCAAGUCUUAAUAAGACUUAAAAAAAUUGGACUCUAGGGCCAACAGGUACAUUACAGAUUAUAGAUCAGCUGCGUAGAAUAUAGCUGUUCAUCCUUAAAAAGAAAGAUUUUCAAUGAACACUUUUUAUAUGAAAUAGGUUUUUAAGACAAUAAAUAGUAUAUUUGUAAGUACUGGAUGAACAGUUACACAUCUAAAAUGUUGAAAAAAUAUUGUGUUAUGGCAUCACCGGUCUUUUAUGAUUUGUGCAUGUGUGAUCUUGCAUUGCCUUUCCUGACUUAUCUGAUAGGGUUUGUCCAUAUAUCAGUGCCAGGGAGAAAAUUUUUGUUUCUUGUUAUGUUUUUUUUCUGAGCAGCCUUCUCUAUUUUUGUGUAUACGCAUCUGUACUUGGCCUAAAAACACAGAAAUAGAAAAGAAUACAUACUGAUAAUUUUAAGUUACAUAAACACACCCACCCUCUACACACUUACCUGGGUGGUAACAAUUGGUUUCUAUUUUUAUAAAUUUCUGAAUUAUUUUCCACUAUCUGCCUCUUUACAGCUUUAAAAUGGGGUCACCUUUGCUCUGUAGGGGUAACAUUUUUAUCUUUGUUUUUUAUCUUUCUCCUUAGGCGCUCUCCUAUUCAUUUUCCAGUCUCUCUUUCAAACAUCUUUCUUGUUGCCAGGGAAAACCACAAAAAAUAAAAAAGACCAAUUAAAAAGUAUAUCAGUAUAUCCGUUUCACCAUACUAUCGUGAUAAAAGUUAACUUCAAAGGUGAACUGCCACUUUAAAGUGGACCUGUCACCCAGACACACAAAUCUGUAUAAUAAAAAUCCUUUUCAAAUUAAA